AUGACAGGAUAUACACCACUCACGGUGGAGCGCCAGGCUAAUGUAAUUCGCAAAACAACUGUACUAGAUGUAAUGAGAAGACUUCUUCAGACAAAGAAUAUCAUGGUUUCCUCUGCUCGAACAAAAGUAGCCAGUCAGGCAAAAUACAUAUCAAUAUUGAACAUUAUUCAAGGAGAAGUGGAUCCUACUCAGGUUCAUGAAAGUUUACAGAGAAUACGCGAAAGAAAGCUUGUUAACUUUAUUGAAUGGGGCCCUGCCAGCAUUCAGGUUGCUUUAUCUAGAAAGUCUCCUUAUGUUCAGACUGCUCACAGGGUCAGUGGUCUCAUGCUAGCAAGUCAUACUGGUAUCCGCCACUUAUUCUCCAAGUGUUUGAGCCAGUACGAGAAGUUGAGGAAGAGACAAGCUUUUCUGGAUAAUUACAGGAAUCAUCCAACGUUUGCUGAUAAUGAUCUUUCAGAAUUCGAUGAAUCUAGGGACAUAAUUGAGAGUCUUGUAGAUGAGUACAAGGCUUGUGAAUCCCCAGAUUACAUCAAGUGGGGAAUGGAGGAUCCUGACCAUAUUUUAUCAGGGGAAGGAAAUGCUACCGGAUCAGUGGACCCUAAAUUGGCAUUGUGA